CAACGAAAUAUAUGAUAAGCCAUAAGUAAGAGGAUAUUAUAGUAAUUUGAGGGUGAAUCCAUACCACAGGGCAUCGACCGGGUUUGAGUUUGAGAUAGAUUGGGCAGGCAGAGCAGAGGUGAGCAUCCGGUCGCGCGAGAAUAGACUGACUGAGUAUUCAUCCAUCCAUCCGGUGGAUAGUGAUUGUAAUUCUGAUGGCGGCUGCUUCAUUCAAUGUUACAACAACACCGCUUUUUUCACUGUCAUCAAAUGUCGCAGAAGCAAGAAUUAGAGCUCUGAACCCUAACCCUAACAGUAUCGCCAUCGGUGUGAGGGGAUUUGGCGGCGGUGUGAAACUUCAACAACAGAAUUGGAAUGUUAAUGCUGCUGCGAGAGUGAGGAAAACAAUGAAAGUGAGGGCGGGCAGUAGCUCAUCAGAGGAAGAAGUAAUAGUACAGUCAAAAGUGACUCAUAAAGUAUACUUUGACAUCAGUAUUGGAAAUCCAGUUGGGAAACUGGUGGGAAGGAUUGUGAUUGGAUUGUAUGGUGACGAUGUCCCCCAAACUGUAGAGAACUUCCGUGCUCUUUGCACCGGAGAGAAGGGCUUUGGAUACAAGGCCUCCUCCUUCCAUCGUGUCAUCAACCAAUUCAUGAUUCAAGGGGGCGAUUUUGACAAAGGAAAUGGAACUGGAGGCAAAAGUAUAUAUGGUCGUACUUUCAAAGACGAGAAUUUCAAACUGUCUCAUACUGGACCCGGAGUUGUUAGCAUGGCAAAUGCAGGUCCCAACACAAAUGGGAGUCAAUUCUUCAUCUGCACCGUCAAGACACCAUGGUUGGAUCAGAGACAUGUUGUAUUUGGCCAAGUUUUGGAAGGCAUGGACAUUGUUAGGUUGAUUGAAUCUCAGGAGACAGAUCGCGGUGACCGUCCCAGAAAGAAGGUGGUUAUCAGUGACUCUGGUGAGCUUCCAAUUGCUUGAUAUGUUUCCCUGUCAUUUUCUUUUUCUCUCUUGCUGCUGAGGAGGAAAACAAACAAAAGGAGCUCCUGCUCUCUCAAAUUUUUGUUUCGCUAUUCAAAAUGACUUCACUAUCUUUUUAUUUUCAUACUAGACAGAUGUCUAGACCUAUUUGUAUUCUAGUAGAAAUAUAGUUGAAGUUGGUAUCAUAUUGGAAUCAGAUGUGAAUGAGCAAACAUUCUGUAAACAAGAUUUUGAACGAAUUCCCUCUUUCUCUUUCCAAGGAUAUCCUUCAAUUUUUUUAAGAUGAUA